GUUUUGUUUCUCUGUUUGCCUGUUGUUCGUUGUUCAUUGUUCAUUCUGCUUUCAACCGUCAUCCGUCGCGCAUCCGCCAUUGAAAUCCGUAACAACAACAAUAAUAAUUUCAACACGUCGGGACGGUCGGUGCGCGCUAGAAAACUCUUAAAAUAAAAUAAAAGCAGUGAAAAACAUGUAGGCCGUGCACCGACAAAGUCGAAUAUAGUGUCAAACUACGAAUUAUUUUCUGAGCGGCUCUGACAGCUGCAUUUUUGUUUCUCCCACGUACAAAUAAAUUGUAUUUACGACAUUUACGCAAACGAAAACAAACGCAAGUCCGCUACAAACAGCAAGUGAAAGUGCGACAAUGAUUCUGGAGGGGGAUAAUCCGGAGGUGGCCAUGGUCAACGUGUGCCAGGCAAUGCGCGUAGGUCAAUUGAGAUGGCGCUUGACCCACCGGCGUGCUCUGGCAGCCGCUCAACUUUUGCGCAAGGAGAAGCGCCGCUGCAAUGGUCGCUUCGUGAGCGGCGACCACUUCUUCAGGCACAGCCGCGGUUUCCUUUGGUUCGUGAUUUGCAACCUGCUAGUCUCUGGCAGCACCGGCGGGGCGGAGGCGCAGCUGCUGAUCAACGUUCAGAAUCAGGGUGGCGAGGUGAUCCAGGAGAGCAUUACCUCCAACAUUGGCGAGGACCUGAUAACACUCGAGUUCCAGAAGACGGACGGAACCCUCAUCACCCAAGUGAUAGACUUCCGCAAUGAGGUUCAAAUCCUCAAGGCCCUGGUGCUUGGUGAGGAGGAGCGUGGCCAGAGCCAGUACCAGGUCAUGUGCUUUGCCACCAAGUUCAACAAAGGGGACUUCAUCUCCUCGGCCGCCAUGGCCAAGCUGCGACAGAAGAACCCGCACACGAUCCGCACUCCGGAGGAGGACAAGGGCCGCGAGACCUACACGAUGAGCAGCUGGGUGCAGCUGAACCGAUCCCUGCCCAUUACGAGGCACUUGCAGACCGUCUGCGCCGAGGCCAUGGACGCUACCUAUGUGCGGGAUGUCGAUCUGAAGUCCUGGGCAGAGUUGCCAGGCUCGUCGAUCUCCAGCCUGGAGGCGGCCACCGAGAAAUUCCCGGACACGCUCUCCACGCGUUGCAACGAAGUGAGCAGCCUGUGGGCGCCCUGCCUGUGCACCCUGGAGACGUGCAUUGGCUGGUAUCCCUGCGGACUGAAAUACUGCAAGGGAAAAGGGGCCGUCGCGGACUCGUCCGGGGCCCAGCAGCAGCAGGCGACGAAUUAUCGCUGCGGCAUCAAGACCUGCCGCAAGUGUACACAGUUCACCUAUUAUGUCCGACAGAAACAACAGUGCCUCUGGGAUGAAUGACGGCGCGGCGAGCUGCAGCUGGUGCAGAUGCAGAUGCGCUGUGCCAGGCGGCGGAGCGACACGGAUGCGAUGGAUGCCUGCGAUGCGGCACUCGGGAUGCAGAUGGGAGUUGCAAGUGAAACAAGAGGAGCGGCAACAACGAAUGGCAGCAGGAGAACAGGAGAGGACACAGCGACAACAACGACGACCAACAAAUUACGCCAACUGCUUUUGUUGGUGCAGCAGCAGAUGCCUUUUGCUCUGUGGAGCUUUCCGGUCCAUCAAAUUUCCCAUCAUCGUCAGAAUGCAGGGAAGAAGGAGAACCAGAAGCAGCAGCAACAGCAGCAGCACCAACAGCCUCAUCAUCAUUCUCAGGUUGCCGCCACAUCAUCCUCCACAUCCACAAUGGCUGCCGUCGUUGCGUGAUAAUGAUAAUGCUGGGAAUAUUCCACCCCGCGAAAUGAGUGUGGACACUUUUUACUUGCCACACUAUGGGCAUCACGGGGGCGUAGAGCCAAAGAGUGGACGGAUGAAAAAGUGUGCUGCUGUAUACCAUGUACAUAUUUAUGUACAUAUUUGUAACUACGAUUAGCUUUUAGCCCGUUUGAGUUGUACGCUUAUGCAGGAUUUCGUUUAGCCUUAGGUUUAGGUUAGAUAUUCUAAUUAUCAUAAUUAAAUGUAGCCCACAAAGAGCUCGUUGAACUUGGGAUUCCCUGCGCUGCUGUCACUGAUUUUAUACUCGUACCAAAGAAUUUACUUUGCGCUACUUUAAAUCAUGUUUCCGUCAUAAUUCUAUUAAUAUUCUUUACUACAAAAAUACUUUUCCUUGUUCGUUGCUUGCAUUAUAUUUAUACUAUCCAAUUUCCAACUUUUCUUACAUCCUUAUGGUUCCUACUAAAAGUUCUGAUUCUCAUUAAAUAAUUUAGAAUUUCACUUCGCACUUUUUCUCAGCAGUUUAGUUCGGGUUACCUUUUCGGAUAUUUGUAUUUCAUCUGCACGUACUCAUAAAUGAAGCCUGACUAGAUCUAGGCUUUUUCCACUCGUAUUCCGCUGAGCUAAAGAGUAUUAUAAUUAUAGGAAUAUAAAUAAAUUAAAUGUGGCCUUAGCAUGUUUUAUGAGCGCAGUAAGGAGACACCAAACUAAGUGCUCAUACAAGAAAUCGGGAAAACAAAACCAAUAGGAAAUAUGAUACGGGAAAUUUCACUAACCAAAAUGACUGCCGCAAGAAAAGCUUUUUUAUCAUAUACUUUCAAAAAUGGCUGUUUGAGAAUCCCUAUCGCAUUCCUUCUUCUUUUCCACUCUUCCUUAUAGUACAUGUGUAGUCCUUUACACCCUCUUUAUACAUAUGUACGUAGGUAACUGCCUCUUUGCCUUUGACUUGUCAUCUUUUCCACUUUUCCAAACCAAAGGAUUACCUUGCAAGAGGGUCGAAGAGAGCCUCGAGCACAUUGAUUGAAACCAAUAAUAAAAUAUACCAAGAACAAUAAUCUAUUGUAUAAACUUCGAACCUAGUCUACUUAGAGUCUUAGAAUGGCAUAUUUUCCUAAAAGCAUACUACAAAAUAAAAUUGUGUAACAUGUUUCGACAAGAAAAACAAACGGUGAUAAUAAUUUUUUCUACCACAUAGAAACGCAACUCCUUGACUCACUGUAAAAAAUAUAAUGGAAAUGAAUUUGAUCUGAUCCAGUGUAAAAAAUUGAUUAGUAUUACUAAGCAUUUAAGGGUUUAUCGAACGAGGGAGAAGCCCCAUCUGAUUCGUGUGAAGCGCAUUAGCCAAUAAAUAAUAAUAAUCCAUUAGUCCUAACAAAGUAAUUGAAAAUUAAUAAUUAGUCCUAAUAAAGAAGCUGACAAAUUCUACAUUUUU